CAUCUUCCCUGUUGGAUCUGAACAGUUUGGCGACGAGGCUACAUGGUGUGUGUUUCCUGUCCAGAGAGCGGAUGUGUGGGUGUUCGGGGAUGGAGAGCUACGAGGAGUUUUGUCUACAGAGUUUGGCCUCACUGCAGGAGGAGGGAAAACUCAAGAGGAAGACAUGCGAGCCAUUGUGUUCACUGCAAGCAGCUCACUCUGUCAUCUACUUUCAUGGAAAAGCCAUUCUUUCACCUCUGCUGAGUGCAGAGCAGCGCAGUGAGAUGUGUCGCUACAGACGAAGGGCAAUCCUGCUGGAUCUGGACAGACAGAACAAGCAGAGAGACAAGCUGCAGAACCUGUCGGAUCAGUUACAACCUGUCCAGGGUGUACCCCCAUCAAGUGAAGUGAAGUUGCCAGUUUCUAAAUCUGCGACAGUCAUUGGUUAUACUCUGGUUAAUGACUCGCCUGGAAUUACCAAAGAUCCCGGAUCUAGACCAAAGGCAGUAGUUGAGCAGCCCGUCACGCCACCCCUUGAGAUUCCCAUCUUCAAUGGUUGCAAAGUAGAUGUAAAGAUACAGAAGCAACAGAGGAGUGAGGAGGAUGAGGAUGAAGAGGAGGACGAUGAAGACAUUAGCUUGGACAGCCUUCUUAAAAGAUCAAGAGAGUUUGUGAAGCAGAAGCAGAGUCAGCAGGGAUCGAAAGUUGCCCUCUCAGUCAGCCAGACUCCCCCAUCUGAGGCUGCUUCUGUCAAAGAGCAGCUGAGCUGUAGCCCUAUGAGGGACACAGGAGUUGAGUUUGGAUUCAGUCUGCACCAUAGCCCAGUUGGCCCACCUCCAAUCCAGCACCAGUCUUUUUAUGACCCCAAUCCGCACAAAUCUGUCGCACUCGCAUCUAGUAAACAAGAACGAUAUGCUCGUCUUCCAAGUCCAGAGUCCUGCGUUAGUCCUCGUCCUUGUAGACGCAAACAACGGCCGGUUUCUACAGGAAACAUCCACAUGACAUUUCCCAUUGGACCAGCAGACCUUGUCCCUCAAAGCCCGGGGAAGCCAGGAGAAGGUGCUAGCAUGGCAGAUUGGGAGGAGUCGAGUUCAAUGUCAACCGGUCUGUGGAGUUUUGAGAAGAGGGACAAUGCUUCCAGGUCUGGAAACCAGCGAUCUAGUCACUGCAUUGCCAGUCCAGUGCAGGAGAAUGGAGGCCCUGUUAGUGCCUCUGUACCCAGCUGCAUGAUACACCAUGAUCACCAGACUGUGGGAUUUCGCCGGCGCUGCCACACGUUGGACAGCCAGCUGAAUACAUACCAGUCUGAAGCCGAGCCUGUGGACCGCAGCCAGGAAAGGGUCCCUCGCUUCAUGGCAGGUGUUAUGUGGCUGGGUCCAAAUAGGCACACCCCUGCAACUCCUUUAAACCAGUCAUACAAGGUUGAAAAUCCAUCACCAACUCUUCUGAGAUCCUUGAUGACUCCUGAUGAAUCUCAUGGGUCAAACAAUGGCAGGAAAACUCCAACUGUUCUGAGAAAAACAGCUGAAGCACAAUCCAGCGUGGAGGAGGCCCAGUGGCGAACUCAGGCUCUGGAGGACAUACAAAGGCGUCUAGAAGAGGAACAUACCAUGCAAAUGUCUCUGCUCCUUGCUGAGCACGAGAAGGAGCAACAGCGCCUCCGUCUGGAACUUGAGGAGAGAGAGAGAGAACUGAAAGAGCAGGAGAGUGUGCGGCCUGUAAGUGGGGACUCCUGUGUUUGGACCUACAGGUCUGUGAGUGGCAGCUGCCCUGUUAUGAGCCCCUCCUGCCCAAGACUGAGUCCCAUCCACACCCCGUCUGAACAGUCGGCUGGACACACAUUAGGUUUUCCCAGUUCAAGUCCAUCCAGUAUUAUAUCUCCCUCUAUCCAGCCUGCUGUUUGUCUGUGGGGCUCUUCUUGGACAGCUAACAAACCGCGGGCAAGGCUAAGUUUGGUUUUGACCACGAAGCUUCAGGGAGCGUUUUGUCAGAUUGGCGCCAUCAUUCGUGGAUUCCUCAUUCGGCGACUGCUCAAAACAGAGAAGAUCAAACAACUGCGCCAAACCGUCCUGGAUACGCAGGAAUUCAUCCGUUCAUUUGAGACUGAAGCUGCACAGAAGAGAGGGGCCUACUCAGCACAAGACCUCUCCCUGCAGGAGAGAGUGCGAGCCCAGUUGCGUGCAGCCUUGUAUGAUGUCCACGACAUCUUCUUUGAAAUGUCUUUGAGAGAUCGAUUAGCAGUUCUGCAGCAGGACCGGGAGCUACGUGCUGAGAGGAAGCUUCGAGACCUGGAGAAAGCCAAAUCUGCCAAAGAGAGAGCUUCUCUCUCUGCUGCCACACAGCGGUCUCUGGACAGGAAGAAGAGGUGA